CAAAAGAAGAAAAUUUAAGAAUGUAAAAACAUUUCAACAGUUUUUCAAUUUUGUUUGUUUAUUCCCAUGCAUCCUAAUUGAUUAAGCUAAAACCCUUUCAACAAUGGAUGCCUAGAAGGCAAGAAAUGAUCUCGUCUUCGCCAUAAAUCAAACACAAAAGAUCAAUCUCUCAUUUUUAUUGUUUCAUAGGCGUACAGAAAACAUUGCUUUCCUGUACGCCUUUUUUUCUUUUUUGUUAACACCAUGUUAACAAAAACUCGUAUUUUGCUACUAUUCAUAUGCCUUUCUUUAUUUUCGCGAUCUCUACAUGCUGCAGUAGGUGAUCAUACCUCACUUUUCAUAGCAUGUGGUUCUGAAAAUGGUGGAACAGAUGAAGAUGCUAGAAAUUGGGAAUCGGACGCGAAGUAUCUCAUAUCAGGUGAUAAAUCAGUCAUGACACAACCUCAAUCCCCUGACCCCUCUGUUCCAUCUGUUGUACCAUAUGUAAAUGCAAGAUUUUUUCAAUCAGAAUCUUCAUAUAACCUUCCUAUUACAAAUAGAUCAGCUCAUAUUUUGCUUAGGCUUCAUUUCUACCCGACUUCUUAUUCUAAUUUCAACGUUUCGAAUUCAUACAUCUCUCUUUCUGCUGGUAAAGUUACGUUGUUGAAUAAUUUCAGCGCGUAUAUAACUGCACAAGCAUGGUCACAAAAUUACAUUAUUAAAGAAUACAUUUUGUAUCCCGUGGAUUCUCCAACUUUGGAGAUCAAAAUUAGUCCUGCUGGUAACUCAUCACUUGCAUUCAUCAAUGGAAUUGAAAUGAUCAGCUCACCUGAUUUAUUUUACGGCCCUGAUCCUGUGAUGGCUGGGUUUAGUACUAAUGAAGAACCGAAUUCUUCUGGGGGCGGAGAUGUUGUUUCUCAGCAAACUAUAUCUAUUAGGGAAAAUAAUAUGGAACUGAUGUUUAGAGUCAAUGUUGGUGGACAGUUCAUUCCUCCGAAAAAUGAUUCAGGCGGGUUAAUGAGGAGUUGGUAUGAAGAUACUCCCUACGUAUAUGGCGGUUCGGGUGUUGGUAUUGCUAUGAGCACCAAUAUGACAAUUCCUUAUGCUGACUUACCACCAUAUAUUGCACCCCUAGCUGUGUACGGUAGUUGUAGAUCGAUGGGUUUUGAGUCGAAUAUCAACAAAAAUUACAACCUUACUUGGGUUUUCAGUGUUGAUGCAAACUUUUCGUAUCUUGUGAGGUUUCACUGGUGUGACUUCAUUGUCGAUUCCACUAAGAUCAAUUCGUUAGUCUUUAAUGUAUAUAUAAACGGACAAAUCGCAGAAACUGGAGUCGAUUUAGUUGCAAUGCAACAUGGGGAAAAGGCAAUUCCUUUAGUAAAAGACUAUGUGACUCAUGUUGAAGAUAAAGAAGGAGAUGAUCUGCUUUUGAUAGCAGUGCAUCCAUCAGGAGAUAAUGCUGAUUUAGCUAAUGCUAUUGUAAAUGGACUAGAAAUAUUUAAGAUCAAUGGUGGACACACGAGCUUGGCAGGUCAGAAUCCUACACUGUCAGAUUUAAUGAUGAAGUAUCAGGAAGAACACAGUAAAGAAGAAGCUCCGCGGGGAUUCACUGAUCAGGACAAAUCACAUAGUCAUACUGCUAUAAUCAGUGGUGCUGCAGGUGGAGUUGCUGCUGCAUUUGGUCUAGCUGCUGUUUUAGUCUUUGUUGCUUUGAAGAGGAAAAGAAAAUCCCUAGGAGGUGAAUCAGGCACGACUAGCUGGCUACCGAUUUAUGGAAACUCUCAUUCUUCCUCUAGCAAAUCAGCUUCCGGAAGAAGUCGUAAUGGUAGCACAACCAUUUCAUCAGAUGCUGCUAGUAACUGUCGAUACUUUUCACUUGCUGAGAUCAAACAAGCUACUAAAAACUUUGACGAAUCAUAUGUCAUUGGAGUUGGUGGAUUCGGAAAGGUAUACAAAGGAGUUAUCGAUGGUGACACGAAAGUUGCAAUCAAAAGAUCAAAUCCAUCUUCAGAACAAGGAGUCAAUGAAUUCCAAACUGAAAUCGAGAUGCUCUCAAAGCUAAGGCAUCGACAUUUAGUGUCCUUGAUCGGAUUUUGUGAAGAGAACAAUGAAAUGGUCCUUGUUUAUGACCACAUGGCACAUGGAACAUUAAGGGAGCAUCUUUACAAAGGUAACAAAACUAUACUAUCUUGGAAGCAAAGGUUGGAGAUUUGCAUUGGGUCAGCCAGAGGACUUCAUUACCUUCACACAGGAGCUAAAUACACUAUUAUACAUAGAGAUGUGAAAAGUACAAACAUUUUGUUAAAUGACAAAUGGGUUGCUAAGGUUUCAGAUUUUGGACUUUCCAAAACAGGUCCAAACAUGAACCAAGGACAUGUUUCAACAGUCGUAAAGGGUAGCUUCGGGUAUUUAGAUCCUGAAUACUUCAGAAGACAACAAUUGACUGAAAAAUCAGAUGUGUACUCGUAUGGUGUUGUCCUAUUUGAAGUACUGUGUGCAAGGCCAGCUCUUAACUCAAAUCUUCCGAAAGAACAAGUUAGUCUUGCAGAUUGGGCAUUAGCUUGUCAAAGGAAAGGGAAUUUAGAAGAUAUUAUUGAUCCACAUUUGAAAGGCAAGAUCAAUCCUGAAUGCUUGAAAAAAUUUGCAGAAACAGCUGAGAAAUGCUUAGCUGAUAAUGGUAUAAAUCGUCCGUCCAUGGGUGAUGUGUUAUGGAAUCUUGAAUAUGCCCUUCAGCUACAAGAAAAUCCAGAUGGUGUUUUAUCAACUUCCGAGGCAACGAAACAGGUUGAUCAUGACAAUGCUGAUCAACACAGUUUGAUAGCUAUGCAUAGAAGCACUUUGAGCCUUGAAAGUGAAAAUGAAAAUGAAAAUGCUGAUGGUAAAACAGAUGAUGUCUUUUCACAGAUUGUGAGUCCAACAGGAAGGUAAUAGAAAAUAUAUAUACAUUUCACUAUACAUAUUAUGUAUCAAUUAUAUAUAUUUUUAAAAAAAUCUAAGGAGCAUAGCUAGCGCACGGUUGAUUCCUUUGUGUCACAUUUAAGUAUUUGUAAAUUUGUAUAUGUAUAUUUAAGCAUAUAAUAUAACAAAAAUGUAUUGUACUUUUGUAGUGUGUUUGGACAAACUAUAUAGUCUUUAGAUAUAGUUUGCAUGCUA